AGGGGGAGAGGAUGGCGGGGGGCGGCGGGUGCUGCUUGCGGCCCUUCUCCUGCGAGCAGGGGCUGCUCUCGCGGCCGGACGGCUCGGCCGCCUUCCUGCAGGGUGACACGUCGGUGCUGGCCGGGCUCUACGGCCCUGCGGAGGUGAAGGGCAGCAAGGAGCUGCCGGACCGGGCGGCGCUGGAGGUGCUGCUGCGCCCCAAGGUGGGGCUGCCAGGCGUGAUGGAGCGUAGCCGGGAGCAGCUCCUGCGGCGGACCUGCGAGACGGUGGUUUUGGGGGUGCUGCACCCCCGCACCGCCAUCACCCUGGUCCUGCAGGUGCUGAGCGAUGCCGGCUCCCUGCUCUCCUGCUGCCUGAACGCUGCCUGCAUGGGGCUGCUGGAUGCAGGGCUGCCCCUCACGUCCCUUUUCUGCGGUGUCACUUGUGCCCUCGACCCCCACGGUGCCAUCAUCCUUGAUCCCACGACCCGGCAGGAGCAGGAUGCCCGUGCUGUCCUCACUUUUGCGAUUGACAGCACUGAGAGGAAGGUGCUGACGGCCACCACCAGAGGCAGCUGCUCCGUGGAGGAGAUGCAGCAGUGCCUCGUGGCCGCCCAGCGCGCCGCCGACACCAUCUUCCAGUUCUAUCGUGACUCCGUCCGGCGAAAAUACUCCAAGUCCUGAUGCCAGGGACACCUCGGGGGCAGCUGGACUGUCCCGCGCCCCCCCCUCCCGCCGUGUGGCCUGGGGCCCCCCCAGUAAACAGUAAAGAAUCUUCCUAUU